AAACGAAACUUAAGAAGCAGAGUGUUGUUAAGAUGGCGUGUGGCAAACAUACUGAAGAUUACAUGCAGGAAUUUAUCUGUCCUGUUUGCCUGGAACUGUUUAAUGUUCCAGUAAUGCUUGACUGUGGACACCACUUCUGCAAAGUCUGUAUUGACAGAGUUUGGGACAGUAUAAAAGAUGUUUCAUGCCCAGAAUGCAGAGAGGUGUUCCCAGUCAGGAAGUACACAGCAAAUCGAUUGCUAGGGAAUCAAAUAGAAAGAGUAAGGAAUGAAUUUAGAAAAAAUGAAGAACUGGGGAAACAAGGUGAUGAAAAGCAGAUACCUGAGGAACUAUGCAAGGAACAUAAAAGGAAGCAGGAAUUGUUCUGCAAAGAAGAUGAGACCCUGGUGUGUGUUAUGUGUGUACUUAAUCAUUCGGGUCACCAUUUCAUUUCCGGAGAGGAAGCUUUAAGAAUGUAUCAGGACAAGGUAAAAACAGUCACAUCUCCCCUGGAGUCACAACUGAAUGACCUUGUAGAACUGCGGAAAAAACAAAUGGAAAUGAUUUCUGACAGCCAGCACAAAAUCUUCACUGUAGAGCAAGACAUCGCCUCAUGGUUUGCCAGACUGUACCGGAUUCUCCAGGACAAGGAAAAGCAGCUAAUUCAGCAACUCAAAGAGGAUGCAGCAGGUAUGCAGAUGGAGAUGGAGGAAAACUUGAGGGAAAUUAUAAAACAAACAACCAUACUUGAAAAGCAAAUAUGUGAUGUUCAGUCAAAGAUGGGACAAAAUAAUUCUCUGCUUUCUAUGAAGGAAAUUCAAGAGGAGAUAGAAAGGUUUAUAAAAAAACAGAAGCAUGAAGCACCUACACUUACAUUAGUGACUCAUGAUCUCUACCCUGGGAUAUAUCAUCAGCUGCCAAAGUACAAUGACUGGACUGAAUUCGACUCCAUCUUCAGACCUGUUCUGUCCUCUGUGACACUGGACCGUAGCACAGCACAUCCUAAUGUUCUUGUUUCUGUGGGUAAGAACAUUGCAACAUGGACUCCUAUAGUGCAGUGGCUACCUUCCAAAAUGGAACAUUUUGACGAUGGCUUCUAUGUGCUGGGAUCAAAUGGAUUCACCUCAGGGAAGCAUUGUUGGGAGGUUGAGGUGGGGAGCAAGACAGACUGGAUUCUUGGUGUUGUCACAGAGUCGGUUUGCAAAAAGGAAGGAAUAUUACAGAGGGAAGAAAUCUUACAAGAAUCAUACAGUGGGUACUGGGCUGUGAAGCAUCAGAAUGGGAAUGUGUAUUAUGCUACGGAUUCGAGAUGCAAAGUUGUCAAAGUAAAAAGAAAACCCCAUAAAAUAUGGGUGUUCUUGGACUAUGACAGUGGUCAGCUGUCAUUUUAUGGUGCUGAUAGCAUGUCACACAUUCACAGCUUUAAGGAAACCUUCAAUGAGAAAGUUUACCCCCUCUUCAGUCCUUGGAAAGACACUAAUGGAAGAAAUGCAGUACCUCUGAAAUUACAGUGAGUGUAACUAUAAGCAGGCCUGUGAGUUACAACAGGAACAAGCCUGGAACUUACCAUCAUUACAGGUGUCUACAUUGCCUAGUAUUGUCAUCCAGGUAUUAAGUACCUUUUCUGUUAAACCUAUCAUGGCUGGUAUACUUAAGGUUUGUCAGGGUUACUGUAAACCUGAAUGCUAGCAGGUGUUUAUCUGCACUGCUUUUAUAAUUUUUUUUUUAUUCUAUAUAGAAAUUAAAAUCUGUAGACAUUUAAAUGUUCUCAUUUACAUUCUGUUUGUAAGUGCAUAGAAUUAAAAGGUCUGUAAUCAUACAUGCCUGGGUGAUGAUGUCAGUAGAGUGCUGGUAUGGUCCUGAGUAAAACUGGCUCAUUCAUGUUAGUAAUUACCUGUCUGUAUUUUGCUCCAUAAACAAAGAAACACAUUUACUAGACUGGUAUAGAAACAAGUCAGUCUACCAAAAAUGUUUGUUUUUCUUAUAUGUGCAUGUAUUGGGGUCAUUUGGGUAGAGAAUUCAUCAACUAAACUUCUGUUUUUAGCAAGACAUUUCUUUUUUUUUCUUUUUUACUGUAUGAGUUAACUGCUGUGGUAAAAAAGUAGCUAGUCAAAAGUGCAUGGAAAAUAAAACACUGAAAAAUA